ACAGAACCGUUGCGGGGAAGAUUCCAGACGGUUCUGGAAAGCUCAGAUCAGGAUUUCUCGAACAGUCGGAAAGGGUACUAAAGCUCCGCAGCCCAAACCUCUCUGACAGUCUGCGACCUCUACACACACACUUCUCACAGGAGAUUUCCAUAGCAGGUGGACCAAGAUGCCUGAAUUACACGAUCAACCGAUGGAGGAGGAGGCCGAGACCUUUGCAUUCCAGGCUGAGAUCGCUCAGCUGAUGUCGCUGAUCAUCAACACUUUCUAUUCCAACAAAGAGAUCUUCCUAAGAGAGCUUAUCUCCAACUCCUCAGAUGCCCUCGACAAAAUCCGCUAUGAGAGUCUCACUGACCCUUCAAAGCUCGAUAGUGGAAAGGAGCUGAAGAUCGAAGUCAUUCCCAACAAAGAAGAGCGCACCCUGACCCUUAUCGACACAGGUAUCGGCAUGACCAAGGCCGACCUGAUCAACAAUCUGGGCACAAUCGCAAAGUCUGGCACCAAGGCUUUCAUGGAGGCUCUGCAGGCUGGAGCUGACAUCUCUAUGAUCGGUCAGUUCGGUGUUGGUUUCUACUCAGCCUACCUGGUGGCUGAGAGGGUGACAGUCAUUACUAAGCACAAUGAUGACGAGCAGUACGCCUGGGAAUCUUCUGCUGGAGGCUCAUUCACAGUUAAAGUAGACAACUCUGAGCCGAUUGGACGUGGCACUCGGGUGAUCCUGCACUUGAAAGAUGACCAGACAGAAUACAUCGAGGAGCGAAGAAUCAAAGAGAUUGUGAAAAAGCAUUCGCAGUUCAUCGGAUAUCCCAUCACGCUCUUUGUGGAGAAAGAGCGCGACAAGGAGGUGAGUGAUGACGAGGCAGAGGAGGAGGAGAAGGAGAAGGACAAGGAUGAGGAAGAGGAAGAGAAGGACGAGGACAAGCCAGAGAUUGAGGAUGUCGGGUCAGAUGAGGAGCACGACCACGACCACGACCACGACCACGACAAGUCUGGAGACAAAAAGAAGAAGAAGAAGAUCAAGGAGAAGUACAUUGACCAAGAGGAACUGAACAAAACCAAACCCUUGUGGACCCGUAACCCCGAUGACAUCACUAAUGAGGAGUAUGGAGAGUUUUACAAGAGUCUGACAAACGACUGGGAGGAACACCUGGCUGUCAAGCACUUUUCAGUAGAGGGUCAGCUGGAAUUCCGGGCCCUGCUCUUUGUGCCUCGCCGCGCUCCCUUCGACCUCUUUGAGAACAAGAAGAAGAAGAACAACAUCAAGCUGUACGUGCGCAGAGUCUUCAUCAUGGACAACUGCGAGGAGCUCAUCCCAGAAUACCUCAAUUUCAUCAAGGGUGUGGUGGACUCUGAGGAUCUGCCCCUGAACAUCUCCAGAGAGAUGCUGCAGCAGAGCAAGAUCCUGAAGGUGAUCCGCAAGAACCUGGUCAAGAAGUGUCUGGAUCUCUUCACUGAGCUCGCUGAGGACAAGGAAAACUACAAGAAGUGCUACGAGCAGUUCUCCAAGAACAUCAAGCUCGGCAUCCAUGAAGACUCUCAGAACAGGAAGAAGCUGUCUGAGCUGCUGCGAUACUACACCUCAGCCUCUGGAGAUGAGAUGGUGUCCCUGAAGGACUAUGUAACACGCAUGAAGGACAGCCAGAAACACAUCUAUUACAUCACUGGUGAGACCAAAGACCAGGUUGCUAACUCUGCCUUUGUGGAGCGUCUACGCAAAGCUGGCCUUGAGGUCAUUUACAUGAUCGAGCCCAUCGAUGAGUACUGCGUCCAGCAGCUGAAGGAGUUUGAGGGAAAGAACCUGGUUUCAGUGACCAAGGAAGGCCUGGAGCUGCCUGAGGAUGAAGACGAGAAGAAGAAGCAGGAGGAGAAGAAGGCUCAGUUUGAGAACCUUUGCAAGAUCAUGAAGGACAUCUUGGAGAAGAAGGUGGAAAAGGUCACAGUCUCCAACCGCCUCGUCUCCUCCCCCUGCUGCAUCGUCACCAGCACCUACGGCUGGACAGCAAACAUGGAGAGGAUCAUGAAGGCCCAGGCCCUGAGGGACAACUCGACCAUGGGUUACAUGGCUGCAAAGAAGCACCUUGAGAUCAACCCUGAUCACCCCAUUGUGGAGACCCUAAGGCAAAAAGCAGAGGCCGACAAGAACGACAAGUCUGUGAAGGAUCUGGUCAUCCUGCUCUUUGAGACGGCCCUGCUCUCAUCCGGGUUUACCUUGGACGACCCACAGACCCACUCCAACCGCAUCUACAGGAUGAUCAAGCUGGGUCUGGGUAUUGACGAGGAUGAUCUGACACCAGAUGACACCCCCUCUGCUCCCACCGAGGACAUGCCCCCUCUUGAAGGGGACGACGACGACACAUCCAGGAUGGAGGAAGUGGACUAAACUUGUUUCUAUUGCCUGCUAGCAAUCAAAAGUAGUAUUAUAUAAAAUUUAAAAUUAAGUCUUAUAAAGGAGACUGGAAAGAUCCCCCUUAUUUAUUUUGUGGUAAACAAACCAGUUGACUUUACCUCCCCUUGCAUUGACAAUACUGUUUGCAGCUCAAAUUCAUUCCUUUUGGAGCUCUCAUUUUUUUUAAGUUUACACUUUUUUUAUCUUGAGUUUAUUUACUGUUUUUUUUUUGUAUUUAUUGACAUUCCAGUUUUCUGUGAGUGUUAUUACCUUGACUGUAAAUAUAUAUAAAUUGAUACUGUUAUUUGAAGGGGGUGGGGCCAAUGAAAUAAAGAUUUACCAAGCUAUGA